UAGUUCAAUUUUUUCUAUUUACAAAAAAAAUCGUUAUUUAAAUUGCUUGUUUACUAAUAAUCAUUAAAAGUUGUAACUAUUAAGUAACAACUAUUCCCUAACUUCUAAAUAGUAAACAUUAUACUCUUCAACAAAUUCUAUACUAUAUAUUUUUUAAAUCUAAAAUUACCGAUCUCAACAUUUUUAUAUUGUAAAUUAAAAUAGUAAAUUUAGCGCCAAGAAUUAUCACUCUGGUAUUAUGGACAGUAUGGAAUUAGAGCUUGAAAAUAUGCUUAACGACCCUUCACUAAAAUAUUCAAGUGAACUUGCAUCUCAAGAUAAAAUGAUAAUACGAAUAAAAAAACAAGAGCAAGGUGUGGAUAUUUAUACAAAAGAUUCUACUUUAGAUCAUGAAGAAAUUGUAUCAUAUACUUGUGAAAUUGUUCAGAAAGUUGAUGAAACUAAAUCAGAGUUUGUUGAAUUGUGUGAUGAACCCAUUGAAUCUGUUCGCCAAGAUGAAAAUUUCAUUUAUCCACCAAUUACAAAUUCAGAUGAUGAAGAUACCACUGACGCAACAUGGACUCCACCUUCCUUGAAUUCAGGUGAACGAGGACCUCGUAAACAUAUACGAUGUCUUUAUCCCAAAGUUCCAAAACCGUUAACUGAUCAAAAGAAACGAAAAAUCAGUAAACCUACAAAAGAAUUAACUGCUAAGCGUUUGAAAAAGGAGCAUUUACAAAAAACCAAACCAAUUUUAAAUAACUUAAGUGAAUCUAAACUUAUUGACAAAAUGGAUUCUACUGUCACAGCUACCAAUGAACCAAAGAAAGCUUGUGAUUCACAUACACCUAAAGUUUGCAAGCCUAGAAAAGGCAUGGCCACUCCUAAACAACGUUUAGGACGUAUAAUAAAAAUUCAUAAAAUGAUGAAAUAACUGGAUAGUAUAAAAAAAAUUCCAUUAUUCCAUUAAAUAAGAUUGAACAUUUUAAGUCAUAAAUAUGUGUCACCAUGUAUUAGUUAAAAAAAAAAUGGGUAAAAUAAUAUAUUUAUUGUGUUUAUACUACUUUAUGGAAUUAUAAAAACUGUUAUGCCUAUGUAGUGUCAAUAUAAUAGUUAAAAGUUCAUUUUGGAGUAAUUGCUAUAAUAGGAUAUCAAAUAUAUUAUGUUUACUAUAGUAAUAUAUUACAAAUUUGUGUUCAAGUCAUUAAUUUAUUAAUUUUUCGUAGUAAUCCAUAAAUAUGCAGGGUGAUACUUUAAAUUAAGACACUGACCUUUUCUGAUAAAUGUUUAAAAUAUAAAUUAUAAAUUAUAGGUAUAUGUGUUUAAAUUUCCUAUUAACUAAAGAACAAACUUCUUAAACUAAUGACUGAUUGAUGAUCAGCUUUCAAUAAUCAUUUUUGGUGUUGCUGACUUAAAUAAGUUUAGGCGGGAGGGAAAAUGUGGUUUGAAUAAAAAAUGUUAUCAAAAAAUUACUAUCACUAACUUUUUUAAACAUUUAUAGCACCACCUUGAGUAAUGAUUUAAAACCAAUUAUUGAAGAGUUCAUAAUUUUUGUAGUUUUUUCAGAUAUAAUCUUUAUAAAAUAUGUAUUUUUUCAUUUAGGUUUAAAAAGUUAAUAUAAGUUUAAUUUUAAAAUAUUAAAAAAUGUGAUGAUUUAAUUAAAAGUAUACUCAAUGGCAAAAUAUAUUAAAUAUUUCAACUGGUUUCAGAAAAACUGUAUGUCUUAGGUCAGUUUGACCUGGUCACCCUGUAUAUGCCUUUUAUAAUAUAUUGUAAAUAUUAUGAACAUUUUAUUAUUUAUUGUUUGAACGAAACCAAAAUAUAAAAUAUUGUAAUAAAAAUGAUAUUUUUAACUUUUUUAGUUUUAUUAUUUUACUCUGUAUUUUUAUGUCAGUCUGACACAAUAUUUUACAUUAAUUAAAAUAAUACUUUCCAGCAAUUUAAGUAUUUUAUUUUAUACCUUCUAUUUUUGUGAUGAUAAUAUGUAAAAUAUAAAUGCUGAGGCGAAAACAAAAAAGCAUUUUUUA